CGUCAGCCAACAACAUAUAACUGCAUGCAACUAUUUGAGUAAACUGACAUGUGUUGAGUUUAUUGAUAAAAAGUAUUUAGAAAAACAGAAAUGACUUACUUAAAAUCAUGGGAAGAAUUUGAAAAGGCUGCCGAAAAAUUAUAUCUUCAAUCACCAUCAAAAGUUAGAUAUACAAUGAAAUAUGCACAUUCAAAAAACCAUCUAAUACUUAAAAUGACUGAUGAUGUAGUGUGUCUGCAGUUUAAGACGGAAAUCGCUCAAGAUGUCAGAAAAGUAGAUAAGUUUGUAAAUAAUUUGUUAAGGCAUAUGGUAUCCAAGGAACAUUAGUCUUAAACAUAGUACUAGAAAACAUUAAAUCAAAUGGUUCAUACAAAGUGUAUAUAUCCACUGUCUGUGAAAUCGCAUAAAAGUUUAUUAUUUUCUGAUUUUUAAGGUUUUUACAAGAAUUAAAUUUUAUUUUUGGGUAUCACUUCUUUAAGAACAAGUCUGCCCUCAUAUUUGUCUAGUUAUGUGAUUUCAAUUUAAGCAGUUCAUAUAUGACAAUGUGUUAAUAUUAAGAUUGUUCCCAUGUAUAAUGUAUGAUUUUUAUAAUAAAUAUUUUUCAACUUGUUA